AUGGAUUUUGAGGAAGAACUUUUGCUAGUUAUGAUCAUUUAUUGGUAUUGGAAAUACAAAUUAUCAUCAAGAAUACAACGAAUAAGAGAUAACACUUCCGCCUUAACCGGUCAYGMMUAUACGCUAGAAUUGUUAGGCGGUUCGAAUACACAAUGCUAUGAAUUGAUGCGGCUUUCUCGGGACGCGUAUAUACUUUUAUGYAACCAUUUUAAACAAAAAAAUUGGUUGCAAGAUAGUAGGAAUGUCACCGUCGAGGAGAAGAUGGCUAUAUUUUUGACAAUUAUUGGCCAUAAUGAACGCUUUAGAAUGGUUAAACGGAGAUUUCAACACUCUACGGAGACUAUUCAUAGACACUUUCGUGAAGUGCUACGAGCAAUGAUGAAAUUUGCAAAAGAAGUUAUACGGCCGACAUCCUUUGAGGAAACGCAAAACACAUCAGAACGUCAAAGAAACCUCAGACAAAUAUUUCCGGGGGCAAUGGGUGCAUUAGAUGGAACUYUCGUACAUGCAGUCGUACCUGUUGAUYAACAAGCUCGUUAUAGAGGUAGAGGAAGAGGUGAAUGUUACCAAAACGUUUUAGGUAUUUGUGACUUUAAUAUGCUUUUCACAUUUGUUUGGGCUGGAUGGGAGGGUAUAGCACAYGAUGCUAGAGUGUUGAGAGAAGUUGCUUUUAGUCCAACUUCUGGCUUUCCAUUUCCUCCACGAGGUAUGUAA